UGUUGAGAAGUAACGCGGUUAUUACAUGUCAACAUGUCACUCCUCAGACUGUGUGCCUUUGCCAAAUGUCUGAAUCGUCGCAGUUUAUUUGAACAAUGUGCAGUUCGCCUGUCUAGUGCGGACCGCUGUGUGCUGUGUGUGUCGCUAAGAGACGGGGCAGUCAGACGAAUAUCAGAGACACCAUGGCAACUUCAAAGAAAAAAUAUUUCCUUUGUCCCAAAGAGAGAAGAUGCAAAGCGACGUGAACUGAAACAGUCUCUGUUACACGUGCUUGAAGCAAGGAUGCAACAACUCCAAUCCGACACAGUUUUAGAUGUCCAGCAUGCGAAGGUGCAUUUUCUUAAAGCCCCGUCUUCUGGAAAUAAGGUCUUAUCUGAUAAAGCUCCCAAAAGCACACCCAAGAAAAAAAACGUCAUUCCUAAAUCAGAACAGACUGGUGCUAAAGAGGCUUCUAAAUCUAAGCUAAGCAGCUGGACGGAAAAAUUAAAGCAGGAGAAGAAAAAACGGCAAUAUUUAAUGGAAAAGAGUGUAAAAUCUAAAGGAAGCAAAAGCAGCUCAUCACUCCCCAGUAAAUCACUGAAAACGAUAUCUACCACUGCUAAAAAGACUCAGCCCUUGAUCAAAACCAUUAAAGGGCACAAAAAAGUGUCUGAUGAGACUAGUGCUGGAGUUUCUUCAACUGUUACCUCCACUGCUGCUGGUGCUGCUGCGGGGACAGCAGCAAAGACACAGAAAGAAUCUAAAGGAAAACAGAAGGAAUCUAAAAAUCCGACACCAAAGCAGACUGUUGCUGAUGCUAAGGUCAGCUCUGAAAAACUGGUGGAGGUGAAAAUGAUGAAGAUGGUCAGUCAACAAAUAAGCCAUUUGACGUCUUCGAGUAACCUGCAGGUCCUGCAGUGGGACAGUGAGAGGGCUGAAUUUGAGGGCCUCUGCCAGACAAUCUCCUCUUACCUGGAGGCGUUAGUGUUUGCUGAAGACUCUCAGAGGGCACAGCGAUUCCUGAUCAACCAGCACCAGAAAAAAAUAAAAGUCAUGGACACGAAUGUCUACAACAUCAUAUUAAGGGUGUUGGCAAAGCACAGCAAUUUGAGUCGGAUUGGCCACAUAUUUAUUAUGUUAAAAGAAGUUAAUCUGAAGCCAAACCUGGGAUCCUUCUGUAGUGUCUUGGAGUGUAUGGGACGUAAACCCAACUGCCCCCCAGAAGUUGUCACAAGGUGCCUGACCCAGAUGAAGGAGGAAGGCUUUUCUCUGGAUGAUGUGUUCAGAAAGGGUGUGUUUCGGCAAGAUGAGAGAGACAUGGUGCUAAAGGCCGUGCAAAUUGUCCAGCCCGACUACCAGCCCAGCCUCAAAACAGACACUGAGCAGUGUUCCUCAUCGCUGGUUCAUGACUACUACACACAGCGGUCGGACCACCGGUACCCUAAACUGGACUUCAGUCAGGAGGAGCUUCAGCAGCGUUUUAAAAAACAGCUCACCAUUGAGCAGGACUGCACCAUCACCAUCGACUCUGUGCAGGCCGCAAAGCCCAUCACUAAGAACAUGGCCAAAAUGAGAAUGCUGCUGGCGGAUCAGCGGGUCCUGUGGCACAAGAGCCUCCUCCAGGCCCUGAGGGAGAGUAAAAAGAUCCUGGUUGACACCAAAACUAAAAAUAAGCCUAACCUUUAUCCCUACCUCUGUGUGCUAGAGGAUAAAGAGUAUGUUGACAUCAUGAUACAGACUAUUGACGACCUGCCUCCAAGUGGAGAGAUGCUGAAGCUUUUAGCCAAAAAUAUGGGCGGCAGGGUCAACACCAUGUACUCCGUGAAGCAGAAGCAACACAAUCAGACGGUGGGAAAAUUGAACAAUAUUUACAACGCCUACACGGACCUGGUGGCAAAAGAUGGAAAGGAGUUUGACACCCUUCCCAGAGAGCAGUGGUGUAAGAUUGUGGCGGACCACAGUUCAGGCCCCUCGCUGCAGGGAGGAGAGAGCGAUUUGCCGUACACAGUAACCCUGGAGCUGGGCAUGUACAUGGUGGAUUUGAUGGUCAACAGCGUCAAAAUGUAUAGCAACAUCCUGAAUCCCGAUUUCAAGGAGAAGCUCAUACCACUCAUCUAUCAUAUGUACACCUUUCGCAGCACACGACAGGUCGGCUUCAUCAAACCUCACCCCAUCCUGUCUCAGAUACAGCUGGAAGCCAUGGAGACCAAGUUAACCUUUGACUCCUAUGUGAUGCCAAUGCUGUGCCCUCCUGUGCCCUGGACUUCAGUCAAGUCCGGAGCCUACCUGCUGACACCUAGCCAGCUGAUGCGCUCAGCGGAAGGAGCCACGCAGCACGAGGUGUUGCUGGAGCAAUGCCAGAACCUCCAUGCAGUCCUGGACGCUCUCAACCAGCUGGGCAACUGUGCAUGGAGGAUCAAUAAGCCUUUGUUGGAUAUUAUUAUCUCCAUCUUUAAUGAUCGUGGUAAUGAUAAGCUAAAGAUCCCUCCUCCUUUGUCAGAAGCCCCCAAAAUACCCCAUUUCAACCCCCAAGAUCCCAGUUAUACGUCUUCUGAGAAGGCCCACAUGAGGAGGGAAGUGAUUAAUGCCAGGAGGAAGUGCAAUGAGAUGCACAGCCUGCGAAUGAGCGCUCUUUAUAAACUCUCCAUCGCCAACUGCAUGCGGGAUGAGAUCUUCUGGUUCCCUCACAACAUGGACUUCCGUGGACGAACCUACCCCUGUGCCCCGCACUUUAAUCACCUAGGAAGUGAUGUCACACGGGCUGUCCUCAUUUUUGCAGAUGGGAAGCCCCUGGGUCCAAAGGGUCUUGACUGGAUAAAGAUCCACUUAGUCAAUCUGACAGGACUGAAGAAGAACAGCUCACUGGAGGGACGGCUGGAGUACGCUAACACCAUCAUGGAGGACAUCCUGGACUCUGCCGACAACCCUCUCACUGGUAAGAAGUGGUGGAUGAAUACAGAUGAGCCCUUGCAGGCUCUGGGCUGCUGCAUGGAGAUAGCCAACGCUGUGAGAUCUCCCGACCCAACGCGGUUCAUCUCUCAUUUUCCUGUUCACCAGGACGGUUCCUGUAAUGGUCUCCAGCACUACGCUGCUCUGGGCAGAGAUGUUAUGGGUGCAAUAUCAGUCAACCUCACGCCCUGUGAGCUGCCUCAGGAUGUGUACAGUGGAGUCGCACAGCAGGUGGAGGAGUUUAGAGUGCGGGAUGCAAAGAGCGGGGUGAAAAUCGCCAUCCUCCUGGAGGGCAUCAUCAGCAGGAAGGUGGUGAAGCAGACCGUGAUGACUGUGGUGUACGGGGUCACACAAUACGGGGGCCGCUUACAGAUAGAGAAAAGACUGAAUGACAUUGAGUUCCCCAAGGAGCAUUUAUGGUAUGCAUCUCGUUACCUGGUGCGAUUGGUGUUCGACAGCUUGAAGGAGAUGUUCACAGGGACCAGAAAGAUCCAGGACUGGCUGGCCGAGAGCGCCAAGCUCAUCUCCAAGGCUGGCCACUCUGUGCAGUGGGUGACUCCCCUGGGAUUACCCGUCAUUCAGCCCUACCACCUCAUACGCCGCCAAGUGUUAACGAAUCCCCUCCAAAGUAUCAACCUCCAGAUCAAAUGUGACAACAAGCAGAUGCCACACACAGUUAAACAGAAGAAUGCCUUCCCUCCAAACUUCAUCCACUCUCUGGACUCCACACACAUGAUGCUGACUUCUCUCCACUGCUACAGUGCUGGCCUGGCGUUCGUCUCAGUUCACGACUGUUUUUGGACCCACGCCGUCACAGUGGACACCAUGAACAAAAUCUGUCGGGAACAGUUUGUCGCCCUGCACAGCCAGCCAAUCCUGGAGGAGCUGUCCAAGUACAUGGUCCAGAAAUACUGCACUGGGAUCUCGGAUGAAGCCAGCAAGAAGGAUACCCUGAAAUACGUGGAGCUGUGUAUGUGUCUGACCAGAGUGCCCCAGACAGGUGACUUCGAUCUGCAGCAGGUGAAAGCAUCCACUUAUUUCUUCAGCUGAGAGGCUCAUGAGGGCGAUCCAGCAGAGGGAAAUGAGUGAAAUCGACAGAGUGCUGCAGGGAGGCUGACGGCCCCCGGGUCUCACCGGCUUUGUCUCCCUCAGACAUCGGGACAUUGAUCCUCGUCCACAGCUAGACGGGAGCUGCUGGAGGCGUUAACACACAGUGAACCUGCCUGAUUAACUGACUAGUGGACUGAUGGAUGGAUGGAUGAGAAGUAGGAAUACUCAUCCAGCCGAAAUGAUGAGAGAAUCAGCACCCGAUAGGAAUGUAAAGACCUCAUUGAGUGAAAUGACCUUUUUAUUAUGGAUGCUAAUACCAUAUUCAGGUAAAUGUGUGUGUGUGUGUGUGUGUGUGUGUGUGUGUGUACAUGAGCCAUACUGACUGCAUCUCUAUGCAACUAUUAUGCUGCUCUAUAUACUUUACCCCCUAUAAACUGUAAUUGUCAGUGAUGCAGUAUGAGGCGUGUGUUUGUGUGUUUGAUUAAGUGUGUUAUUAUGUGUGUGUGUGUCCUGCUGUGAGGACCUCCGCAGAGCGUGGACUUGCCUCUGGUCUAUCCUACCUCAUCAUCGAUCCCAUCACUUACUGGAUGGCAGGAUGCUCUCUGACACGAUAUGUAGGCGGUUUUAUAAAGUUUGAAGAAGAGGCAUCUGAAAAGGAAAUGAAAGACAAACUGAACCGGGGGAUACCAGACCCUCGGAGAAAUCUGGAGGGAUAAGUCAAAGGGUUCUUGGAUAGCAUUGUGCCACAUGAAACUCUUGAUUCUUCACUAUUAGGAGUGACUAAACACCUGACAAUUGCUCUAAAAUAAACAACUUUCUUAAAAUGUCUGCUUAUUAAUUCAGCGGUUUCGAAGAAAUGGCUGGUAUUCAUACUGUGCUUAAAUAGGAUGAAUGAGAGCCUGAUUUUUUUUUGUUAUAUCUGCAUAUUUCAAAUCUUUUGUGUAUCGUGAGAUGAAGGCCUCCUUUUAGAUGCACCACAAAGGGUUUGCAGGCUUCACUAAUCAACUCAGAUCUUAUUUUUCUGGGCCAGUGCCACAUCUAGAAGUAAAAAUAGCAGAAGUGCUAUCUGAUGAUUGCUGGGAACGAUACAGCAGUUUCAGACAAAAGGUGCCGUUGAUGUUCAAAGGCAAAUGUAGAUUGUAGCCAAACAAAGCUGGCUGAGUGACAAUGUAAUGAAAUGGAAAUAAUCUUCAAGGGGGCAUAAAUAGUGCGCUGGUCAGACUGUAGAUUUUUGGGAUGAUUUGCAUAGCGACAUGCACAAAGAGAUGCUGCUCAGAUUUUUUGGAAAUGAGUUGCUACUAUAAUCUGUUAUUUUAUCAUCUUGGUAAAAAUCAGCAGCCAUCCAAUGACUUGAUUUUACACUGAAAUACUCUUUUAAAUGUGAUUCAUGCUCAAUGUGCUUUCUGUCAGGACAGCCAUUAGUAUUGCCAUAUUAUAGGUACAAUCACGUUUAAUACGUCAGAGGACGGUUAUUGAUUUAUUUAUUUAUUUUAUUUUUCUAUAACAUGAUUUUCGGUUAUGGAAAUGUAGAAGUUUUCUUUAUUGGCAUAUCUGAUUUGUUUUGAAUAGCUUCCAUGUCUUGUAAACUAAUAACUUCAAAUACAUGCAGAAUUGUAUUACUACACUGGAUAAGAAGGACACACCUCUUUUAAUAGGAUGUUAAUGAAUGUAUUAUUUAAAAUUAAGUUACUUUAUUGAAAAGUGUUUUCUAUU